AUGGUAACUUACAGUUUGCGUCUCUCAAAUCUUGCCCAAAAUAUCACAAAAAUAAUCCUGGCAAGCCUGGGGUUGGAUGCCAAGGCGUUCUACCACUCUCACUUCGCAAAGUGCACAUCAAGAAUGCGGAUAAAUAGGUAUUCAUCGCAACAAAAAAAUAUCGGGGAGGAGACUCUGAGAUCUCAUGCAGAUACCGGGUGCCUCACAAUACUUUACCAAGAUGAUGUGGGAGGCCUUGAGAUUCGAUCCAAGGAUGGCAAGUGGUUCAACGUCAAACCUCUCUCUCAUUCAUUUGUUAUCAAUCUGGGGGACUCUCUCAAGGCGUGGACUAAUGGCAGAUACCACAGCGCAGAUCAUCGUGUUGUUUGUAAAGGGUGGAUAGAUCGAAUGUCUAUUGCCUUUUUUAAUUCAUUUCCAAUGGAGACAGAAAUCUGGGCGCCUGAGGAACUUGUGGACAAGGACAAUCCAAGGCGUUACAAGGCUUUCAUAUUCUCCCAAUUCAGACGUGAAAUAAGAACGAAUACAGAUGACAGAGAAAAAGCUACAGCUCUCGAACGAUUCGCCGGCAUGUAA